AUAAAUUGUGAGCUACUUUGCUUUAGUUAUUUCUGGUGUAGCUUCUGAGUACUGCACUAUGUCUGGACGUGGCAAACAAGGCGGCAAAGCUCGCGCCAAGGCCAAGACUCGCUCUUCGCGGGCCGGGCUCCAGUUCCCCGUGGGCCGAGUGCACCGCCUGCUCCGCAAGGGUAACUACGCUGAGCGGGUCGGGGCCGGGGCCCCGGUGUACCUGGCGGCGGUACUGGAAUACCUGACAGCCGAGAUCCUGGAGCUGGCGGGCAACGCGGCCCGGGACAACAAGAAGACGCGCAUCAUCCCGCGUCACCUGCAGCUGGCUAUCCGCAACGACGAGGAGCUCAACAAGCUGCUGGGCAAAGUCACCAUCGCUCAGGGUGGUGUCCUGCCCAACAUCCAGGCGGUGCUGCUGCCCAAGAAGACUGAGAGCCAUCACAAAGCUAAAGGCAAAUAAGGUCUGAAUUCAUACUCCAACCUCUAAGAACAAAGGCUCUUUUCAGAGCCACCCAUAACUUCUGUGGAAGAACUGAGCACUCUUGAAACCUGUCAUGCCUGGCUAAAGUUACAGUACUGUGCAUGAAAUAUGUAGCCCCCUAUUGACUGAACAUGCAUUCAGUUCAGUUCAGUCA